CACACAACCAUGUACCGGGCCGGGGAGGCGUCCCCCCGCCUGCGGAGUGUGGAGGUGGCACGGGGUCGUGCAGGCUAUGGCUUCACGCUCUCAGGCCAAGCACCGUGCAUGCUCAGUGGGGUGAUGCGGGGAGGCCCCGCAGACCUUGUGGGCCUUCGUGCUGGAGACCAGAUCCUGGCAGUGGACGACAUCAACGUGAGGAGAGCAUCCCAUGAGGAUGUGGUAAAGCUCAUUGGCAAGUGCUCAGGCGUGCUGCACAUGGUGGUGGCAGGCACCAGUUACCCUGAGUCCUGCUCCAGUGAUGAGGAGCUCAGCCUCUGUGAGGGCAGGGGCCGGCCCAAGGCCAGGCUGGACUCCAAGGCCCUGGGCAUCAACCGCGCCAAGAGAGUGGUGGAGGAGAUGCAAUCAGGUGGGAUCCUCAGCAUGAUGUUCGAGCAUCCAGCACAGUGCCCCGGUACUGCCCAGCCCCCGUGGCUGAAGGCCCGGUCUCUCUCUGAGUUACCAGCAGCUGCAGCAUGGCCCAACCUAGCAGCUGAGCGAGGACAGAUGCUCAGCCCUGGACAGUUGUUACCUAAGGAGGAGCAGGUACACAUCCUCUAUGAUGACUCUGUGUUUGGCCUUGGGCCCGGUACUCCUCCCGAUGACCUAGGCCUGGAUGCAAGUAUUUUAAACGUCGCCAUGGUGGUUGGGUAUCUGGGCUCCAUUGAGCUGCCAUCCAUGGGUGGCAGUCUGGAGGCCAACAGUCUGCAAGCCAUCCGGGGCUGUCUGCGGCGCCUGCGCGCUGAGCAGAAGAUCCAUUCGCUGGUGGCCAUGAAGGUGCUGCAUGACCGUGUGCGGCUGUGCAGUGACCGGGCGGCAGUGCUGGCUGAGUACCCGGCUGAGAAGCUUGCUUUCAGUGCUGUGUGCCCCGAUGACAGGCGGCUCUUUGGCCUGGUCACCAUGCAGACGGGAGAGGUGGGCAGCCUGGUGCUGGAGGAGGAGGGCGCCCUGCGGACCUCGUGCCACGUGUUCAUGGUGGACCCAGAUUUGUUUCAGCAUAAGAUCCACCAGGGCAUCGCACGGCGCUUUGGUUUUGAGUGUACAGCUGAUCCCGACACCAGUGGCUGCCUGGAGUUCCCUGCGUCCUCACUGCCCGUGCUGCAGUUCGUUUCAGUGCUGUAUCGGGACAUGGGCGAACUGAUGGACGGGGUACGGGCCCGGGCCUUUGCCGAUGGCGAGGGCAAUGUGCCACACCAUGCCAGCACCAGCAGCAACAGUGACAGUGGCAUCGGCAACUUCCAGCAGGAGGAGCGGAGCAGCCGAGUCCUGGUGGUGGACCUAGGUGCAAGUGCUGCCAGCCGCCAUGGCUUGGCAGGCAACUCCUGGGAGUCCACGGGGGGCUGGACCUCUCAGUCCUGGGGUGUCCCCUGGAACAGCACCUUCCAUGACCCCAACGAACUCACUGUACCGGACGACAAGUGCUGGGACUUAAGCCAGCACCUGGGACCCAUUUCCCAUGGGGAGGGCCCACCAGCUGCCUUGCGCAGCUCCAUGCCCCCAGCCAGAAGGAGUGCCACGGGUCCCAGUGGCCCUGGCGGACUAGGCCAGCGGUGGUUCCCGACACAUGUUCUCCAGGACUGGCAGUGUGGACAUGCCAGUGACCAGGAGUCCUACACCGACUCCACAGAUGGCUGGUCCAGCAUCAACUGUGGCACGCUGCCCCCACCCAUGAACAAGAUCCCUGCUGAUCGUUACCGCCUGGAAGGCAGCCUGGGGCCUUCUGGGCUUGGCGUCCAGAAGAGGGACUGGCCGUGGAAAGCCUUCGGGGUACAGAAUGUCUUCAGCCCUCACCGGAACGUCCGGAAAACGAAGGAAGACAGGAAGGGCCCCAGGCUGGGUCGAGGGGUCAACCUGGCACAGACCGCUCAGCGCCCGGCCACCCGCAGGUCCUUCACAAGAGCCAAGAGGUUCAGUAUCACGCGCUCCCUGGAUGACUUGGAGUCUGCAGCUGUGUCCGAUGGGGAGCUGAGUGGCGGGGACCUGAAGGACUGCGUGAGCACACACAGCCUGAGCAGCAACACCAGCCUGCCCAGUGUGCAGAGCUGCCGGCGCCGGCGCGAUAGGAGAGUCGCCAGCUGGGCCGUGUCCUUUGAGCGCCUGCUGCAAGACCCUCUUGGGGUGCAGUAUUUCUCUGACUUCCUGAGGAAGGAGUUCAGCGAGGAGAACAUCCUGUUUUGGCAGGCCUGUGAGGGGCUUACCCACGUGCCUGCUCAUGACCAGAAGGAGCUGUCCUACAGGGCCCGGGACAUCUUUAGUCGGUUCCUGGGCAGCAAAGCCACCACGCCUGUCAACAUUGACAGCCAGGCCCAGCUGGCUGAUGACAUCCUUGAUGCCCCACACCCUGAAAUGUUCAAGGAGCAACAGCUGCAGAUCUUCAACCUGAUGAAGUUUGACAGCUACACACGCUUCCUGAAGUCUCCUCUGUACCAGGCGUGCAUCCUGGCUGAGGUGGAGGGCCGUUCCCUCCCUGACGCUCAGAAGGUGCCCAGCAGCCCCGCCUCCAGACACGGUUCAGACCACUCCAAUGUAUCUACGCCAAAAAAGCUCAGUAGCAAGUCGCGGUCAGGCCGGUCCCUGGACGAGGAGCCAGAGGAAGAAGGCGAGCGGCAGCGCCGAGGCCCCUUUUUCUCCUGGUCACGUGCUCGGAGCACCGGACGAUCACAGAAGAAGCAGCAGCUCGGGGACCACUCCCAUCCUCAGGAAUCCCCUCAUGCCAAUGGGGGCAUGGGCCGCCGGGAGUCACAGGCCUCGGUGUCGUCGGCAGGAAGCCUGGACUUGUCGGACUCCAGCAGGGUUCCAGCAGCUGAAUGGGACCGUGGGCUCCCUCACUGCUGCGUGCAGCUCCCAGAUGGCUCGGCCUGUGUGGUGCUGGUCAGGGCCGGGCUGUCCAUCAAGGAGCUGCUGGCCGGGCUCUGCGAGCGCCAUGGCCUCAACGGGGCAGCCGUGGACCUCUUCCUGCUGGGCGGGGACAAGCCACUGGUGCUGCACCAAGACAGCAGCGUCCUGGAGUCACGGGAGCUACGGCUGGAGAAGCGGACUUUGUUCCGGCUCGAUCUCAUCCCCAUCAACCGCUCCGUGGGACUCAAGGCCAAGCCCACAAAGCCUGUGACAGAGGUGCUGCGGCCCGUGGUGGCUAAAUAUGGCCUGCGGCUGAGUGAAUUGGUGGCCCGGCUGAGUGGAGAGCAGGAACCCCUAGACCUGGGGGCUCCCAUAGCCAGCCUGGAUGGACAGCGGGUCAUCCUGGAGGAAAAGGAGCCCUGCCGAGGCCGAGCAGCCGCAGAGAAACCCAGAGGUGUGUCCAGCAAGCAUGGCCUGGCUGCCAGCUCCGGCUCUCGGAACCCCUUAACCCUGGGAGAGGGCAGAGCUGUAGGCAAGUCUAAUUCUAUUAAGAUAAAAGGAGAGAACGGGAAGAACGCUAGGGAGCCCCGGCUUUCAAAGAGAGAAGAAUCUAUUGCAAAGAUUGGGAAAAAAAAAAGUCAGAAAAUUAAUUUGGACGAAGCAGAGGAGUUUUUUGAGCUUAUUUCCAAAGCUCAGAGCAGCCGGGCCGAUGACCAGCGUGGUCUGCUGAGGAAGGAGGACCUGGUUCUGCCUGCCUUCCUUCGCCUGCCCCCUGGCGCCACCGAGCACCCUGGGGGGAGCCCCACCUCCAGCCCCAGCUCUGCUGACAGCGACAGCCUGCCUGCUGCCUCAAAGCCUCCCGGAGGGCAAGGCGGGGCUGGGGGAGCCCUGGAGGGGGCACCUGAGGCUGACCUGACUCUCACAGGGGAGGGGGACAUUAGCAGCCCCAACAGCAGUUUGCUGCCACCCCCACCUACCCCGCAGGACGCUGGACCUCCGAGACCAGGAGGUGGGCCUUGCUGCAGCGGAGGCCUCCUGUCCAGCACCAGGGACGAAGGUGUUGCUGGCUCAGGCUCUUCAAAACCACUUAACAACAGGCCUCCCCAAUCAGACCUCCCUGCCUUGAGCCCCAGUCCAGGUGGUACUGCCAAGGCCAAGGCCAGCCCCCACCAUGCCACCUUCGUCUGAGGCUGCCUAGCAGCCUGGCAUCCUGACAGCAGAUUGUGCAUGCCUUGGAAGGCACGGGAGUGAGGAGGACAGGCCAUCCUGAGAUACCGCAGUUGCUCCGGGGCAUUGUCCAGCCUCCCACUGUGGAACACACCCAGCUGUGCUCAGGGGUUACUACUGACUGUGUAUUCAGAAGUUGCUUCUGCCACUGCUCGGGGACUAAAUGAGUUACUGGGGAUUCCACCCAGGUUGGCCACAUGCAAGGCAGAUACCCUCCCUGUUGUACUAUCGCUCUGGCUCCAAUAAACCCUCUUUAAGGAC